AUGAAGUCCCUCUCUCAACUGCUCUUGGCUGCAGCCUUGGGGUACAUUCCUGCUUGUGCCGCAGUAACCAUAUCGACAAAUGGCCUAAGUAACGUCACUAUCGGAAAAUCCACCGGAGGUGGCUCAAUCUGUGCCUCGGGCUAUGUCACGAUCCCCAUCUCCGUGACUGGCACCAAGUUGGACUACGUGCCCCCAACCUCAGCUGCAGGCGUGACUCAAUCCCUGGUGGAAUUGUUCCAAGUCACCGACUCCUUAGCGAAUACGAUAACCGGCACCCAACUCAUUUCGGGCAGCUAUCAAAUUUACGUCAAGCUCUGCAUACCCAGCUCAGCAUCAAAAGCAGCUAGUGUCAAGACUGUUCAGCUGCUGACACACGGUGCCACAUUGGACCACAACUACUGGGACAUUGUCACUGGCUACAGCUACAUUGACGCUGCCACCGAAGCUGGUUACGCGACCUUAUCAUACGACCAACUGGGCGUCGGCAACUCGGCCCAUCCGGAUCCCAUCCAGGUGGUGCAGGCUAACAGCCAAGUUGCCGUCACACAUGCUCUCGCCCAACUUCUGCGCAAUGCAAAGAUCGGCAACUAUAGCUUCGAAAAUGUGGUUGGUGUGGGCCACAGUGCUGGCAGCAGCUUGACGCAGGCCGUCACCACUCAGUAUCCGAGUGAUUUUGAUGCGGCGAUCUUGACUGGCACCAGUACCAAUGACAACUACGUCUCUCUUUCCAUGGCCGCUUUCAACUUGAUCAACGCCAACUCCGACUCAUCGGGUCGCUUCAGUAGCCUAGCUGCUGGCUAUUUAACUCAGCAGACCUCUGUCGGCAUCCAAUUCGCUUUCUAUAGCUACCCUAAUUUCAAUACCGCUGCUUUCAAUAGCCAGGUUGCGAACAAGCAGACUAAUACUCUUGGUGUCCUGCUCACGCUUGGGGGAAUUGUUGCCUCGGCGCCCGAAUUCACCGGGCCUGUUGACGUGAUCCUGGGUGAAAACGACUUUGUGUUUUGUGGUGGCAAUUGCUCUUAUCCUGAGAAUCAAGCUGCGCUGGUUCUGUCGACCUUCUAUCCCAGUGCGUCGUCGGGCAGUCAGACCUAUCUUGCUUCGGGUUCUGGACAUGCUAUCGCCGCGCAUGACAGUGCCAGCGCUAGCUUCACCCAGAUGAUUGAUUUCCUACAGUCCAAUGACAUUUACUAG